AUGCAGUCUUACCUGCAAUAUCGUCGAUUGCGACGAGACGUGGAAGAUGACUUGAGACGCUCUCAAAAAGCCAAAGAUUCUUUCAUUCCACGUAACAGUACCUCCAGUACUCCUAUACUUAAUAAGCCUGGAGAUCAAGCUUUAGAGAAGCCAGUUGUAUCUCCAGAUACACCUCUAGUGUCGGGUAUUACUGUAUCGGAUGGAAUAUUCGUUGUCGGCUGGGGGGAGAAUGACCCUCAUGAUCCGCUGAACUGGUCUCUGAUGCGAAAAUGGUCUGUCAUGGUACUGGCCUGUUUCAUUGGUAUAGCAAUGACCAUUCCAUCUUCGGUUGAGGGUGCCGUCCAGGAUGCCUUCGACGAGUUUUAUGGUGUGAAUAGUAUGGCUGGGUCUAUGACAACUGGAAUCUUCCUUAUUGGUAUCGGUGUCGGCUCGUUAUUUUCUGGUCCGAUCUCAGAAACAUUCGGCCGUAAUGCUGUCUACUUCACGGCGCUUAUAAUUGUUAUUCUCUUUAUCAUGGCAAAAGCCCUCGCGCCAAACUAUGGUGCCGCUCUCGCAUUUCGUUUUAUUGGUGCCUUAUUUGAUGCUGCGCCAAUGACAGUCUCUGGAGGCACGGUCGGGGAUGUUUGGCACCCGAGAGAAAUUCCGUUCGGGCUACCCUUGAUCACCAUCGCUGCUUAUUCAGGUCCGAUAUUAGGCCCAGUGAUUGGUUCAUAUACCCCCAAGAUUGGAUUUGCUUGGGCUGACUGGAUAUCUAUGAUCAUUGCCGCAGCCGUACUUGUGAUUGUGAUGAUCGGUCAGCCAGAAACUUUCAGUCCCAUACUACUAGAAUGGCGGGCGAAGCAUUUACGCGAGCUAACAGGCGAUCAUAGAUAUCAGGCUAUGCAUGCGUCUGCUAACUCACUUAGUUCACGCCUAAUGAUUAAUGUAUCAAGACCAUUUCUCAUGGUCUGGACAGAGCCUAUCAUCCUUGUCUUAAGCUUUUACCUUAUUCUCCUUUACUUCGUUCUGUUCACUUUCCUUAACGGUUACCCCUAUAUCUUUGAAAAGGUGUAUGAUAUAUCUACCGAAUUGACUUUUCUUAUCUGGGUUGCGAUGCUACCUGGUGUUUUUGUUGCUCUGUCACUAGUUCCUUAUAUUUACGGGCUUUCAAAAAGAGCCGCUCGUAAAUCCGAGGAAGAGGGUAAAGGCUUGCAACCCGAAGUCUCCCUCUACUGGGCUAUGGCCGGUGCAUCGAUUCUGAUGCCGAUAUCCCUUUUCUGGAUGGCUUGGACUUGCUAUCCUAACAUCAGCAUUUGGUCUCCUAUUGUGGCAUCAGCAGUCUUUGGUUACUCAUUGGUUUGCAUUUUCACCACGACUUAUAUGUACAUCGUCUUUGUCUAUUUACAAAAUGCUGCCUCGGCAUUGGGAUUCAUGACUUUCUCGCGAUAUGUUAUCGCUGGUGCACUAACGCCUGCCAGUAUCAAGAUGUACGAGACCAUUGGACCUCACUGGUCCGUUACAAUUGUGGCAAUCAUUGCAACAAUCAUGGCCCCUGUCCCAUAUGUGCUCUUCAAGUAUGGCCAUAAGGUCCGAGCGAUGAGCAAAAAUGUGCAAAACAGGGCUUAG